GGUUGUAGUGAGUUAUUGCGCUUCAGAGCAGCCGCACCGCUUCUGAGGAUGCCGUGACAGCAACAGAAACAUAUAUUUGAAAAAAACAGAGACGUCUGCGUCUAAUAUAUUUAUUUGGAUUCCCGAGAGUUGAAUUGAGCGGGGUUUUUUUUUCACGUCUCCUUUCGUUUGAUGAACGCAUCCCCCCCCCCUAUUGUCAACCUGCUGGGGGCCUAAAAGUGAGGCAGCACCCGGCUUUAUGAAUGGGAUGCUCGGUUCCCAUGCUGACUGCAAUUGAAGAGCAUAAAUAUUCAUACUAAGAUCUCUAACAAGGAUUAUAUUCAAGAUUUGGAAGCUCUUUUCGUCACCUUGACUACCUCUUUGUGAAAAACUAAACAGCUAAUCAGCAACCAUGCCGAUCCUAAAGCAACUAGUGUCUGGCUCCCAGACCAAGCGCCGCUCACGCAUGGACCUGACCAGGGAGAUGAUCAGUGCUCCACUGGGCGACUUCCGUCACACCAUGCAUGUAGGCCGCAGUGGUGAUGCGUUUGGAGACACCUCCUUCCUCAGCACCCGCUCGGGGGAACCUCCCCCAGAGACCACAUCUUAUCCCAGCUCUCCCCGUCCUGGCCUCCUGUCUCGCACCUUCAGGAGCAGCAAACGCUCCCAGUCGGUGACCAGAGUGGACCAGCAGAGAGACAACACUCUGAUGGUCUCUGGUGGGUCACCCACUUAUGUGAAGAAUGCCAUGUCUCUGCCCUUCCUCAAUGACGAAGACAGAGGGGACAUUAUGGUGGCAAAAAGUCUGUCCUCAAGUCCUUUCAAGCAGCAGGGGGAGGUGGAUGGGAGAGGUGCAACCGCAGCUACUCACUUCCUGGAGCUGGAGGAGCGAAGCUUCGGUGAGCUGACUGAGCUUCCGGAGAGCUCCCGCCACUUCGGAGCAGGCAUGAAGCACGCCGAGUCGGUGAUGUCUUUCCACGUCGACCUGGGACCCUCCAUGCUGGGUGACAUCCUGGGGGUGAUGGAAAAGGAGGAAGACGAUCUUGGCUACGAGGAGGGCAAGAGCAGCGAGGGCCACGCCUCACCACCUCUGAGCACCCACGGCGAGGAAGAGGAUAGCAUGGAGAGAGAAAAAGAUGAGGAUGUGGAGGAGCAGAUGGAGGCAGAAGAAGAAGAAGAGGAAGAAGCAGCAGAACUUCUGCAGCAGAAGAAUCCAGGCAGUUCUAUCGAUCUGGGACCUGAGAAUGGAGGGCCCUACACCCCAGAGUACACUCCCGAGACUCGGCCCAAACACUUGCAGCAUCUUGACAGCUGCUCCAUGUCCAGCUCUGGCUCUGCUGCAAUGGAUGAGAAACCAAGCAGCCAGAUGUAUGCAGGAGAUACAGACAGCGCCACCUUCAGUGCCCCACCAGAGGAGGAGAGCAACUUCUCCUCUUUCUUGGAGGAUGAAGACGAUGAGAUCCGUGUAUGAGAAGAAGCCUUUUUGAAAGGGGAAAAAAAGGACAAAGAUCUGGACGGGGUUUGUGUGAAAAUGGCAAGUCCUUUGACGGUGUGGAUUUGCACUUGAACGGAAAUAAGUCGCUGUUGUCAGAAAUUGUGGGAAUGGAACAGUGAAGAAGACUGAGGUCUCCUGCAAGGAGAGAGUGACUGCUCUUUUAGAACGAGCCCCAGCUCUAUCUGUCAGAGAGCCUCACCCUCCACUCUCUGUUUGUCUGUCAAUCUGUUUUUCCCUUUUGAACACUGAGGGAACUGACAUGGAAGAGCAACCACUUUUUAAAUAUGGAACAUUCCAGAAGUAAGGAGGGAGGACUGGUUAGAAAGAAACUUUUGUAGGAAAAACACUUUCCAUAACUAAAGUGCAGUUCACGCUUUCUCUCUCUCUCUCUCUCUCUCUCUCUCUCCCCUCUCUCACUUGACGUGUCACAUGUGCUUUUUUCAUUUGAUUCGCCUCUAUUCUUGUUGUGCUUUCUCUCUCUGGCUGUGGGACAUCAAGAGGCCUAAGCUGAAGAAGAGGCCUCUGUCACCACAGGAUCACUGGUAGGUAUCUUGUCACAAUAAAGGGGGCUGUGUUUGGCACUGGAGUGUGAAGCCCUGCCUUGAGACCCUUUCAUCUAAAACUAUUAUAGUGAAGUGCCAUGGAUCUGUCAGUUUUUUCCCUUAUGUAACUCAGGGUCCUUGUGACGCCGCUCAAAGGCUGCCAUUUCCUGCUGUAAAGCUGGACCACAAAGCCCAAAACCAAAAUUCUCUUCUGUUUUUAAUUCACUGUGAGCGCCACACAGGCUUAAUCACAGUGUAAAUUUGAGAAAAGCAGGGUUGUAAAGCUAAUGGAGAUACAUUGGCCUGAAUUAAGUAUAGAGCAUGGUGUUACUACAGGAAACCAGAGGUGUAAACCGUGGUGUGGGUGGCACACUGGAGAGGGACUGUAACUGUGUUUGUUGUCUCUUUUCCAAUGAUAAGAUGCUUCUUUUUUUUCACCCUGAAGCCAUAAUGAUGACGAUUUUACAGAUUUACGUGAACUGACAUGAAACGGCUAUCUUCCUCUGACUAAUCUGUCAUUUCAAGUUGACUCUGAAAAGCGCCUGAUAACCACUUCCUUCCUUGUUUUCAUACAUCCGAGCAGCUGCAGUGGUGCAACAAGAUGUUGAUCCUCAUUAGUCCAGGGGCUGCCUUAAUAUAUAACACAGAUUCCACUACUACUCACAAGGAGGAGGGCUUUAGGGUAUGUAUUGUUGGAAAAUCAGUGCACCAACAGGCACAAUUAAACCAGACACUAGUAGUAUUUGGUGUUUAAUACCUGUUGUUUUUUUAUCUUAGAAAAAAAAGUGCUAUAUUUGUGUAACGUCUGAAGAGUGGAUGAAAAAGAAAGACACAGGCAGCAAUAGAUGCAAGACCAUUAAGAAAAGAUUGCUAUUUUUAUGCAAGUUGCACAGUCAUUGCAGCUUCACUCUAUCUCUUGCAUCAUUAAGCCAUGGCCAGAAGUAUUGAGGCUCAGUUGCGCUGAUUGAUUUCACUGCCUUAACUGAAACUGACAGAUGUGCCAAAUUCUAAUUUUCUAGCCAAAAAAUAAUUUUAGUUGUGAAGCUCACUUUUGGGAGAGCCCCUCAAGUCUGUCUGUCACUUCCUUCUCUGUGUGGGUAAUCAAUGUUGAAUUUAAGUUCAGACUGAGUUUCAGCUCCUAUGUUAAUAAAAUAAAAAUAGUGUUCUAUGGUGUGACAUCAUGCUUGAGAAAUGGAGAAAAAAAAAAAAGGAUGAAUGAAUUUGCAUAACUGGAUAUUUAUAUUUCCAAUCACUGAAACACUACAUAAUAUAUAUUCAGGUAAUUUCUUGGGUUAACAAUUUUGUGAGAAUGGGAAGUUGUCUGUGUUCCCCUUUCUGUAUAAUGUAUAUUAUGCCUUACUGUUGUCAUCUUUACUGUAUAUUUACAGCCUUUUUUUCUGUAUUAUCCAAAAUAACCUAUAUUUUUCAAUAAAAGAAAUCUUCAACAUC